AUGGCAACUGGAAGUGACAGCAGCAACACGACGUGUUUUUCCAUCAUCCUGGCGGAACCGGCGUCGCUGGAGUUGGGGCAGUGGGUGCGUGACGUGGUGCAGGAGUGCCUGGCGCCACCCAUUGGGCGCGUCGUGCUUGUCGACGUUGGCGCUACUUCCGGGGAUGACAGUCGCUUUUAUGACGCCGCACUGCGCGCACUCGAAGAAGCACAGAAUGAUAUCAACAACAACAGUGGUAGCGACGACAGGAAUGAGGCUGCUGUGGGUAAUGUGGUGUGCCUCCUCAUCGCUGUCUUCUGGGAUAGUCAAAGUGAGGACGUCAAGACGGACUUCAUUCGCCUCCGGCAACUUGCCGAUGGUGGGGGUGCAAGAGGCAGCCACGGGGACGACAACAACAGCAACAGCGGCGGUGCCACCACUAAGCUGAAAAGCCUGCCCCACUCAAAGCUGCACCUCCUCGUGCAGGCGCUCAACGCCAAGAAGGGUGCCCAUACACUCAAGGAGAACCGUGACGCGUUGGUGAACAGUCUCCGCAAGAAAUUGCCAGCAAGCACCUCUGGGGUUUGUGCUGGUGGUGGCAGCAACAGUAGCAGUGCGGCGCACCACAUGGACCCGUGCAACACUGCCGCUGUUGCAGCUGCGGGUUCACAAGGGUCUGCGCUUUCAUCCAUGUCGGUACCGCCGUCAUCGACUCACACGAAAGUUGGUCUCACUGGCGCCACAGACCUCAGUGAGUCUGCUGUCGCGGAGAGCGUAAAAGAAGGGCAGGGUGAGUGCUUCAUAGUUGUGUCUGCGGACAGCAUGGAGGAGUUCACGCAGCGCGUGGCACAGCUGCAGUCGGUCGCGAAGAAAAUUGACGUGGGCUGCAGCGCAGUGGUGGAAGAGCCACGUGAAGUGUCGAGCAGUGGCAACGGCACCACCACAGCCAGUGGUGGUAACAGUGGUAACAGCAAGGCGAAAGUGGUCGCGCAGGAGUUCCUGCUGCGGCAGAAUGAGUCGGAGCCGCAUAUUGAGCUACGCCUCGCCAUGUGCGGCAACGUUGACAGCGGCAAGUCGACGCUUACGUCGGUAUUGACGCGUGGCUGCCGCGAUGAUGGCCGUGGCCUCGCACGGACCUUUGUCUUUAAGCACAAGCACGAGGCCUCGACUGGGCGCACGUCGAGCGUGAGCGAGAAUCACCUUGGCUUCUCCUCCACCGGCGAGGUGGUGAACUACGGCGUUGCUUCGCUAAAGCGAGGCGGCGGCGGCGGCAUGACGAACUGGCAGCUCGCACAGGAGGUGGUGGCGCACAGCGCGAAGGUCCUCACGCUGUACGACCUCGCCGGGCACGAGCGGUACCUGAAGACGACGGUCCUCGGCAUGACGCGCAACAUGCCGGACUACGCAUGUGUUGUGAUCAGCGCCAACAACGGCAUCCAGCGCAUGACGAAGGAGCACCUCGCAUUGUGCCUCGCGCUGAAGAUUCCCUUCUUCGUUAUCGUCACACGCAUCGACUCCACGCCGGCAAACGUGCGCGAGGAGACGCUGGCGAGCAUCCACAAGCUGCUCAAAAUCCCGACGGUGCGGAAGCUGCCGUGCCCGGUGCGCCGCGUGGACGACGUGGUGCUGUGCGCGAAGAACCUGCGCGGCGACCGCAUUGCGCCCGUCUUCGAGGUGAGCAACGUCACUGGCGAUGGACUGCCGCAUCUGGUGCGCUUCCUCAACCUGCUGCCGGUGCGCAAGGACUGGCGCGCCGCCCGUGCGCUGCCACGCGAGAUGGUGAUCGACAGCACCUUCUUCGUGACGGGCGUCGGCACCGUCGUUGGCGGCAUCGUCACGCAGGGCGUCUUCCGCGUGAACGAUGCGGUUCUGCUCGGCCCCGACGGCCUCGGCGCGUACCGCACGGUGCACAUCAAGUCGAUACACGUGAAGGGCGUGGAGCAGCAGGAGGCGCUGGCCGGCUGCGACGCCGCCUUCUGCCUCAAGAAGGAGCGGCGCAGCGCCAUCCGCAAGGGCAACAUCCUCGCCGAUCCGCAGUUUCCAGUCAAGGCGUACUGGCAGUUCGAGGCGGAUGUGACGAUCCUGUACCACUCCACCACCAUCCUCGUCAACUACGAGCCGGUCAUUCACUCCACCACGGUGCGGCAGUCGGCGCGGAUCGUCUACGUCGCGCGCGAGGUCCUACGCACCGGCGACCGCUCACUCGUGCGCUUUCACUUUCUCUACCGCCCGGAGUUCAUGAAGGUUGGGCAGCAGCUCAUCUUCCGCGAGGGCCGCACGAAGGGCAUCGGCACGGUGAAGAGCCUCAUCGCUGCCCGUGACGAGUCGCUCAUCAUGAAGCGGCGGCCAUGGAAUGCCGCGGUGCAGUGA